AUGGCAAGUUACGACCGAGCUAUCACCGUGUUCUCUCCAGAUGGCCAAUUGUUACAAGUACAAUACGCUCAAGAAGCAGUAAGGCGCGGCUCAGCUGUGGUCGGUGUAAGGGGCGCGAACUGUGUUGUUCUUGCGGUUGAGAAAAAAAUGGUGCCGCAGCUACAGGUGGAUAGAACGGAGAAGAAGAUAGUGAUUUUGGAUGACCAUAUUGCGAUGGGGUUCGCGGGGGUACGGGCUGACGCAAGAGUGCUGGUGUCUAGAGCACAAAUAGAAUGCCAAUCCUAUCGCCUAACGGUGGAUGACGCGGUAACAAUAGACUAUAUUUCGCGUUACAUCGCUGGCAUUAUGCAACAGCACACGCAGAACAACGGCCGGCGACCGUUCGGCGUCUCUUACAUUAUCGGCGGAUUCGACUCAGACGGUCCCCAUAUCUUUCAAACGGAACCUUCUGGCACAUACUACGAAUGGAAGGCUUGUUGUACGGGUCGUGGUGAAAAGACUGUCCGGGAAUAUCUGGAGAAAAAUUAUAGCGCAGAUAAAGUAUCAUCCGAACAUGACACGAUAAAGUUGGCGGUCAGAUCUUUGAUGGAAGUCCAAUAUGGAGAAAAAGAGUUGGAGGUGGCAGUUUUAAGAAAAUCCGCACCGUUGUCGAUACUAACAAAAGAAGCUGUUAAUUCUUAUAUGGCUGACUCACAAAAAGAAAAGGAAGAAGCACAAAAAUAA